AUGCAAGAUAAUGAUGAUGAAGAAGAUUAUCUACAAGAGCCUGUGGUAUCGACUCGCAGCAAUAUCGAACCAAUGAUAGUCGACCAGACUGGGACCGAUACAACCAACGUGCCUCCAAGCGGUUCAUGUAUGACACUAGUUACAGCCUCCCAAAGAUCCGUGUAUGAGUCCGACCCGCUAUUUGAUAUUGAUGAUGCCUAUAUGGAAUCGGAUGAAGACGAGGUGAAACCGAAUUUAGCAAUUGUGGAGAUUGAAAGCGAUCCAGUGUUCCGAUCGCCUCAAAGCGGUGAACACAUUGCACCGAUUGCAUUACCACCGAGUCAGAAUUCUCAAACAUUGGUUCCAGUCCAAACGUCCAACGCAAUCAUUCCACAGACAAACGAAGAAAAGUGGAACUUGCUCCGAAGCGCUAUCGUCUCGAAUAUGAACAAUCGAAUGCAACCCUCGAAACUCCAUCGACGUAUCAAGAUGAUUAAGGUCACCCUAGUCCAAGAUGUGGCAUGA